CCCGACGGAGACGUGCUCCCGGGAUCCGUGGUUUGACCUCCGCGACUGAUCACCGCGAGAAGACCCUUUUGAAGCAGCGGGGCUGGCGGCGAUCGGCACAGCCAUGCCGGCCGCGCGCGUGGAGUACAUCGCGCCCUGGUGGGUCGUGUGGCUGCACCGCGUCCCCCACCUCAGCCUGCGCCUGCAGCCAGUGAACAGCACCUUCAACCCCCGCGACGAGAGCUACCAGGAGUCGCUGCUACUCCUGGGGCUGGUGGCCGCUGUCUGCCUGGGGCUGAACCUCGUCUUCCUCACGGCCUACCUAGUCUGGCUGUGCUGCGGGCGGCGGGACGGGGCAGCGCAGACCAAACAGCACAGCUCCUGCUGCGUCACCUGGGUGGCCGUGGUGGCCGGGCUCAUCUGCUGCGCUGCGGUGGGCGUUGGUUUCUAUGGAAACAGCGAGACCAAUGAUGGGGUGUACCAGCUGAUCUACUCCUUGGACAACGCGAACCACACCUUCUCCGGGAUCGAUGCCCUGGUUUCCGGAACCACCCAGCAGAUGAAGGUGGAACUCGAGCAGCACCUGGCCCGGCUCAGUGAGAUCUUGGCUGCCCGGGGAGACUACCUGCAGACCCUGAAGUUCGUGCAGCAGAUGGCGGCCAGCAUCAGGGCCCAGCUCUCACGACUGCCGGUGUGGACGGACGUCACCGCAGAGCUGACCGAGGUGGCCGGCCAGACCAGCUAUGUGGAGUAC